GGUACAGCAGUACACGUCUCUAUGUCGGGCACUUGUCAUCUCGAACACGAUCACGAGACCUGGAGCAGCUCUUCGCCAAAUAUGGAAGGUUUCUUGGCUAUUGCCUGAACUGGCGGUUUAUGGUGAGAUGGUCCCCUUGGUGGAAAUUCUUUCAUGGUGUAUAGGGGGACUUUGGCGGUUCUGUUUGUAAUGUUAUUGCGUGUUUUAAUGGUGAAAUGGCAACAAAUCUCAAUCUGGUGUUUUGUUCGCUGUGAUGGUGAAGUAUCAUACACUAGCUGCAGUAGCAGUACUUAAAGUAACGAUGGCCUUACUGUUUCAAUGGCAACCAUUUCCGCAGAGUACGAGAUGUGGAUAUGAAGCGUGACUAUGCCUUUGUCGAUUUUAGCGAUCCUCGAGAUGCUGAUGAUGCUAGGCAUCGAUUGGAUGGAAGGGAUUUUGACGGAAGCCGUAUCAUUGUGGAAUUCGCCAGAGGGACACCUCGUGGUUCCCGAGAAUAUUCGAGCAGAGGCCCUCCUCCAGGAACAGGCCGUUGCUUCAACUGCGGUGUUGAUGGCCACUGGGCCCGAGAUUGCACGGCUGGUGACUGGAAGAACAAGUGUUACCGCUGUGGAGAGAGAGGUCACAUCGAGAGGAAUUGCAAGAAUAGUCCCAAGAAGCUUAGGCGGGACCAAAGUUACUCAAGAUCACCUGUUAGGUCUCGUUCUCCUCCUCGUCGUAGAAGAAGCCGCACCAGGAGCAGAAGCAGAAGCAGGAGCAGAAGCUACAGCCGUGGCCGGAGCUACAGUCGUUCAAGAUCCCCGGUUAGGAGAGAAAGGAGCCCCGAACCCGUUGAGAGAACCAGAAGUCCCGAGCCAGUGACCAACAACUCGCCACCACCCAAGGACAGGAAGCGUAGCCCAACUCCCGAGGGAGGCAGCCCGGGCGAAAAGUACAGUCCUCGAGAGAACGGGCAGAGCCCUUCAAGCCCCGGAAGAGGCAACGAUGAUGCCGCCAAUGGAGCCAACGGACGGGACCACAGCCGUAGCCCCAGCCCGAGAGAGGACCGCAGCCCGGUGGAGGACGAUUAUCAGUGAGGAGCAAAUCUUCUGACACACCAUGUCCAACUGUGGUUUCGAUGAGUUGUGAUGGUUUCUAGAACUGUAAUGUUUUUUUUCUCCCCUUGAACCUCCGACUUGGUCUGCUUGCAUGAAUUAUAUUGUCUGGUUUCAACUUUGGAUUAAGCCUUAUAUAUAUUGCUUCAGAUGUUUUGUGUUUAA